AUGGCGAAGAGUAUAAAGGCUUCAAAAGCCCAGAUAAAGAGAUGGGCAGAGGAAAAAAACGAUCCAACACGUACCAGAAAGAAAGCAAGACACUCUCAAGUUGAUCCAAUCCAAAUCGAAUCAUCUAGCGACAACGAAAACCCUUCUGAUCAACCUUUGGGCACCUCAAAUCAACCUAUCUCUGUGCCGGAUGACAACAAUGCGCUUGCAGAAGAUGGCCUGAUUAACCGAUUCCAGGAAAGGGAGAUAGAAGAGGUUGAUGAAGCACAUGAUAUGAUUCAGUUUCUGCACGAGUCACUUGACGAUCCGACAUCUGAUGAAGGAGAAGAUCUAGACGGCAAUAGCGAUUCUGACACUGAAGAUACACCAUCCAACUUCUGGCCUUUGUUCUUUGGAAAAAACAAGCCUUCAAUAACAACCAGUCAACGUAAAUUAAAGUCAGGUCGAACUGGCUAUCAGAAACCUGUUUCAAAUCCGUUGUCAACCUCAGGAAAGCUUGUUCCUAGACCACUGCCACGACAAACAAAACAUGAUUAUCACAAAAACUUCAUCAAAGCUGUUGGAAAAGGUAAUAUGAUGAUGGAGAACUUCAUCACAAGGACUCCUGGGGUUCCAAGACCGGCUGCUUCACUGGCUUCCAGCACCAAUUUGACUCCGAUUCCAGAACUUCCCCCAAUACAAUCACCCAAUAGUGACCCAACUGCAACAAACCAAAACUUGGUUGAACUCCGGCUUGAAUUGCACUUCAAUCGUUACCACUCUGCACCACAAAAGAAAGUAGUCAACAAAGAUGAAAAACUCAAAUCAAAAGCAAAGCAUCGAUGGCAACAGCUUAAUUCAGCAAUCGUAUCGGCCAUCAAGUUGUCUAAAUCUGCUAUACGUCGACAGCUUGUCUCUUCCUCCAGCAUAAAUGAACCACCACCAUCUAGCAGUGGACUUAACCAAGCUCGGAUAAUUUCAAAGCAAGCUCGACAUGUUUUGGCUCACAAAGAAUUCUUGGAAACACAAUUGGGAAACAAGACAGUCCAUCAAUCACUCCUGAACAAUCCAGAGGUCAGAAAAGCUUUGUUUGCUUGGGCUGCAGCUCAAACUCCCGGUGAAGUCACUCCAGCAACUCUCCACCACCAUGUCAACCAUACAAUUUUACCCAAGUGUAAAAUUGAGCGAACAGUCACUAUCAAAUCUGUGACUCAAUGGAUGUAUAAGCUGGGGUUUAGUCGCCAAGAAUACCGAAAAUCUCAGUACUUUGAUGGGCACGAGCGGCCUGAUGUGGUUUUAUCUAGAAAGAAAUAUGUCGACGAUUACCUCCUUCUUCGACAACGAUCUCGCAAAUACGGAGGUGAAAAUUUUGAGAUCUCAACAGAGAUUGAUCCUGAAAUCUUAGGUCACAUGAAAGAAACCAUUUUUAUUUUUCAUGACGAAUCAACGAUACAUGCAAAAGAGAGACCUAGUAAAACUUGGCUUCUCCCUGGGACUAGCGAGUUACGAUCUAAAAGCUCAGGUCGAUUGAUUCAUAUUUCCGACUUCAUUCUUGAAUCUACAGGUCGACUUGUCUUAUCAAAAGACGAAUUGGAGAAAUUGAAAACAAAACAACCAACUGGAGGUGUGUUUGUGUUUGAUUGCUCAUCAGCCCAUGGCGCUUUUUCACCCUCGGCUUUGAGAGUCCAAAAGAUGAAUCUAGGACAUGGCGGUAAACAGGCACGGCUCAGAGAUACCGUUAUUCCUAGCGAUGAUCCGCUUAUUCCUCUUCAUCUUCACGGUCAGCCUCAAACACUCUCUUACGAUGAUUCACAUCCUGACCCUGAACGAGCUGGAAAACAAAAGGGGGUCAAAGCUGUCCUCGAAGAAAGAGGACUUUGGCAGCACUAUACUCGCCAAUCGCAAGAAUCUGGUAAACCAGCUCUAACAUUAUCUUGCAAAACUUGUACAACUUCAAACAUUUGGAAAGAUGCAAUUUCACGUGCCGAACGACUGAUCCAACAGGCGGAAGACUGCGGUUAUUUCUUAUCAAAUGCUCAAUCAAUGUCCGAGAUCGCAGAAACUGAAGCUGCCAAAAAUCAAGAGUCUGAAGAAUCAACAUUGGAUCCAGUUCCAAACGAUGCAGGCAGCAUGUGCUGCUGGUCCAGAAUCCUAUCCCUUCAAUCGGAUUUCGCCAACGAACGACCCCUCUUGCAAACAAUUAUAGAAGACCGAGGGCACAUCUGCCUUUUUUUACCAAAAAUUUCACUGCGAAUUAAAUCCAAUAGAACUUUUUUGGUCAUACAUCAAGCAGGCAUACCGAAAGAAGUCGCAUACAAUAUGAAGUACUUCUGUCGGACCGAUCGACAAGUCAAUGUCUAUCAACAAGGAUACAAUGGGGCUCAAUCCCAAAUCCUCAUGAAAAAAUACAAAUCUCAUCGGUGCAUUCCUAGAAAUGCAGCAAUGCGAAUUGACAUGCUCACAUCUUGA